CUAACAAUUAGGAAACUACAUAUUAUUAAAAAGCGAAUAAUUUAACUUCCAGCUAAGUGUCUAUUUUUCAGGAAGUGUCUAUUGUUCAGUGCCAAUUUAAGUUAACGUAUUGAAGAAGGCCCUAAGUACUCGCUGCAAUAAGAACUAGAUAUUCGUAUCAUUUCAUUGACAUCGUUACCUUACCCGUAAGCUUUUGGUUUUUAAAAGGUAACACCUGAAAUGGGCAACCCUUUCUUUCUCAAUUUUUGUUUUAGUACAUCUUUAAUAUUUUGUUUUGCUCGCCGUCUUCUGUAUUGCACUUGAAAUUUGGCAGAGUGUUGUUUUAAGUUUUUCCAAAGAGUUUAGAAGCAGAAAACUGAGUAAAAUCUGCAGAAGCCAUAAAAAAUCAAUAAAAACAAAAAGUUGAGUGGAGAUUAAGGAAAUACUAUAAAGUAGUAAUCAAGGGAAAAUGGGUGCUGAACAUUCGCAACAAAGGGCUGAAGCUGACGUUAGGGAGUUGUUUGAAGGUCAGGUGAAUAGUUCGAUCAAUCACCAAAUGGCAACAAAAGUUGUUGGAGCAAAUUUUAAUCUUUCCAAUGAAGCCGUGAAAAAACGUACCAUGCUCCGUCAAGGUAGUUCUGGUGCAGUUGGCACCACUACACCUGCGAACAAACUUAAACCAGGCAGUGACUCUAUGCCAUCACCAACCACCUCCGAAAUCGAUCGACCAUCUUCCCCCCCUUUAAGUGUUUGUUCAGAUUUACCUUACGUGUCUUAUACCACAGAUCGACCAAUCGGCGAUUCACCAAAGAUACGUGGAAAACCAAGUAGUGCAAGUAGUACAAGCAAUAGUAGAUCUUCAUCGUUGGUUAUGAGACGUAAUACUGGUACUAAACCCAAAAGACCGCAAUCCACAGUAGCUGCACACAGCAUAGUUAUAGUAAAACCGGGCGCUAAAGACUUUAAUGAAGAAGUAGAACCUGAAAUACAACAACUACGCAAUAUACCGCAAUUUAUGCCCGUUCUACGGGAUUCAAUAGCAUCAUCAACAUUUACAAGAGAUCCCGAAAUCCUGGAUCGUUUGCAAAUUCAACCGCAUUUAUUAAAUAUUUGCUCUCGCAUGCAAACCCAUCUGAAUAUGUGCGCUACACUGGUAACUCAGGAGCAAGCUCAUUUAGUAGAACGUACUAAAGUGGUUAGCAAUUCUAUUACAACAUUGUUUGCAUCUUUUGUGGACAUGCAGAAAACAUAUGCCGCCUAUGCUGAGCAAUUUGCAAAAGUCCGUUUAAUUUCUCAACAACUAAGUCGUUGUAAUUCGUUACUAAAUGAUAAUAUUGCCGGUUUGGAAACGAUUAAUAAUUUUUUAGAACCCGAAGACCGUUUAGAGCCAUUUGUUUGGCGUACUGAUGAUAAUAAAUUAAGAGGAGAAGCCGAAGGAGCGGCAGCAAUAAGCGGUCACUCCUCGUUAUGGUUGAAACGGUUGUAGUAAUAAGGACAGAACCAAAUUGCUUGCGAUAGAAGAGAAUGCACAAGAACCAUUGUUUAAAAGUGCAAGGAAAGAAAAGAAUAUAUAAAGAAAUGUACAUUUAUAAAAUAAAACUAUAUUUACUGAAGCAUAUGCAUAUAUGUUUACCAAGAAGGCUAUAAAGCUUUUUGUCAAACCUUUGUAAUGCAUACAACGGCCAUCGUAAGACGCUUGAAAUAUAUACAUUUUUCGUCACCGUCAACAACGGAAUCAACGGAAUUUGUUUAUACCUGUGUGUUGGCUUGUCUGUUCAAAUCUUAACUACUAUCUCCAAAUGUUUCUUCGAACAAUCAAUUGCUCACACUUUUCCGACACUCCUCUCAAAUGGAAUUCAAAAAUAAACGAAAUCAUCACU